CGGGCGUGGCCAUUCUAUUCGCGCGGUGUCCCGGCGGCUCCUGGAGUUUCCACGUGAUUUUCCUCUAGUGAUCCAGGACCCAGAUAGGACGCUGGCAGAGUCCAGGAAAUUCUCCUUGGAACUGGGGUGUCUCGGCGGACCCUCGGGGCCCAUCGAAGACAUAAGACAGAGUCACUAUAAUUAUUUUUAACGUCAGUUCCAAACUACUUUUGGAUAACAGUCCAAUUAUAUGAAAUUAUGGCUGGUUAUAAGCCUGUAACUAUUCAGGCAUUUCCUGUACUUGGUGAAAAAAUCACCCAAGAUACACUAUACUGGAACAACUAUAAGACCCCUGUUCAGAUUAAGGAGUUUGGUGCGGUGUCAAAAGUAGACUUUUCUUCACAGCCUCCAUAUAAUUAUGCUGUCACGGCUUCUUCCAGGAUUCACAUUUACGGCCGAUAUUCCCAAGAACCUAUAAAAACCUUUUCUCGAUUUAAAGACACAGCGUACUGUGCUACUUUUCGACAGGAUGGUAGACUACUUGUGGCUGGCAGUGAAGAUGGUGGAGUUCAGCUUUUUGAUAUAAGUGGGAGGGCUCCCCUCAGGCAGUUCGAAGGCCAUACUAAAGCAGUUCAUACAGUAGAUUUUACUGCUGACAAAUAUCAUGUGGUCUCUGGGGCUGAUGAUUAUACAGUUAAAUUAUGGGAUAUUCCAAACGCCAAAGAAAUUCUGACAUUCAAAGAACAUUCUGAUUAUGUGAGGUGUGGAUGUGCUAGCAAACUGAACCCAGAUCUCUUUGUAACAGGGUCAUAUGAUCAUACUGUGAAGAUGUUUGAUACACGAACAAACAAAAGUGUUAUUUCUGUUGAGCAUGGGCAGCCAGUGGAGAGUGUCCUGCUUUUUCCCUCUGGAGGUCUUCUGGUAUCAGCAGGAGGUCGUUAUGUUAAAGUCUGGGACAUGCUUAAAGGAGGACAAUUGCUAGUGUCUUUGAAAAAUCAUCAUAAAACUGUGACGUGUUUAUGUCUGAGCAGCUCUGGACAGAGGUUGCUCUCUGGUUCACUGGAUAGGAAGGUGAAAGUAUAUAGUACAACUUCCUACAAAGUUGUUCACAGUUUCGAUUAUGCAGCUUCAAUUUUGAGUCUUGCCCUUGCACAUGAAGAUGAGACAAUAGUUGUAGGAAUGACCAAUGGGAUACUGAGUGUUAAACAUCGGAAAUCUGAAGCAAAGAAGGAUUCUCUACCCAGGAGAAGGAGGCCUGCAUAUCGGACUUUUAUUAAAGGAAAAAAUUACAUGAAGCAACGGGAUGACAUUUUGAUCAAUAGGCCAUCAAAAAAACACCUAGAAUUAUAUGACAGGGAUCUGAAAAAUUUCCGGAUCUCCAAAGCACUUGACAGAGUCCUUGAGCCCAGUUGUACAAUAAAGACACCUGAGAUUACAGUUUCCAUCAUAAAGGAGCUAAAUCGAAGAGGAGUCCUUGCAAACGCCCUUGCAGGUCGGGAUGAAAAGGAAAUCAGUCGUGUGCUUAAUUUUUUGAUAAGGAAUCUGUCUCAGCCAAGAUUUGCUUCUGUUUUGAUCAAUGCUGCAGAAAUAAUUAUUGAUAUAUAUCAGCCUGUGAUUGGUCAGUCACCUGUAGUUGAUAAAAAGUUUUUGUUACUUCAAGGACUUGUAGAAAAAGAGAUUGAUUACCAAAGAGAACUGCUAGAAACCUUGGGAAUGAUGGAUAUGCUUUUUGCUACCAUGACAAGGAAAGAAAGCACUUCUAUGUUGCAGCAUGCAUCUGAUGGAUUUCUAGAGAACAAGAAGAUAGAGUCAUAGUGCCUGCUUAAUAAGACGCAUAAGAACUCCAAACUUGGGAUGGAUUUGAUUCUAUUAACUAUUGGAAAGAGAAUCUCUUUGAUACAUUAAAAAAAAACUAUUUUCAGAAGCAAUUUUAUGGAAGACACUGGAAUGACAAUGAUAGGAAAAUAAGUACCUGUUUUAAGACAUGAUUUUCCAUGUAAUGGUUUGAAUUGUUUUGUGGUGUCUUUGGCUAGAAGAUCUCAGUUGUCUUGGUUAUAGUGCGUGUCCACCUUGGACAAGUUGAAAUUAAUUUUAAUACAGCAAAGCUCUGUAUCAGCAUUUAGUAGGCAUUCAGAACUCUGGAGAGGGUUUCACUUGUAAAGGAACAGGGCUUUAUUUUUUAAUUCUAUCCUGGAGAAACCCAACAAAACAACAAAUAAAUUAUUUCUUUAAUCAGUACCCUUGAGAUUUCCGGGCUCCAGCUGAGCUUGCCGUCCCUCUCCUUGACAUCAUCAUUUAUCCUAAGUCACAUGUUCUGCUUUUGCGGGUAAUAGGGCUGUAUCUAUUCCGAGUGCGGCAAAUCAGUGGCCAACUUUGAGUAAUUCACACCAGUUAGACAUGUAUUCAGAGAGAGUGAUGAGGCAGAUUUGAUAUCUAAAAAUUGUGUUCUCCACCCCAGGUUUUCUUUUUAUUUCUUUAAUGUUGACUAUUUUUAUCAGAACGAGGUCUACACGUAGACCUUUUUGGACCAUGUUUAUUUUUCUUCCUCUCAAUAUGUGUGUAGCCUUUCUACCAGGUUUUCAACUUGCUUCAGGUCAGGGGAAUGAUAAAGUUUGCCAUUCCUCUUGUAAUGAAUAGCCAUUCAUACUUUUAUAUACAUGUUUGAAACUUAUUGGAGCUACCUACCCUCUGAAAAUCAUUUUCUCUGAUCUAUAUUUAGAUUUUUUUCCCCCUCCAUUCUUCCCUAUCAUCUUGUGUUUUAGAAUUCCAAGAUAGGGUAGCUUGCUCUGGAAAAUAGUCGUAUUUUUUAAAAGUUCAAUAUAAAUCACUUUUUAAUAAAGAGAUUCUUAUUUUCUUCUUGGCUUUUUGAGAUGUAUCAAUUCUUGAUGGAUAGUCACUGACUAGUGACUCCUAGCACACUGAUUUCACACUUGCUACCUCUCAUACCUUCUCCUAAUUCUUGUCCCACCUCAAGUAGUUAAUUAUCUCUAAGGAAAUAUGCCUUGGGCUAGCAGAACCCUUAGUUAAAGGAAGAUUUUGUCAUGGGAAUCUCUUAAAAUUUUAGUUCUGUAGUUCAGUUUUGUUUUUUUUUUAAAGCAGAAGAAAUACAUCUGUCUGGUGAGGGCUUAUGCUCACAAAAGGGGUCUAGUUUCCCUUUCAUGAGUUGAUUUAACUGAUCAUCUAGCACAAUGACUUGUAAGAAACCAGGAGUUUACUUCCCUGAGUAUGUAUUAGUCAAGGUCAGAAACUGUCUCUUCAUGUUGAGAAGGGUUAAUUUAUUUAAAUUUUGUAUUUACAAGCUUUUAAAAACAUUUAACUUCAUAAAUAUGUGAUCAUUUGUAUACUAAUAAAAAUUAGAAGUUGAAAUUUUA